AUGGCCCCUGCUCAACCUUCGAAGAAGCAGUUUUACAGCACCGCCUCGCCUUGGGAAGCUCGAAUUGGCUAUUACCGAGCAGUGCGUCACGGCGAUUUGAUUUGGGUGUCUGGAACAACUUCCGCAGAUCCAAAUUCAUCACCAUCAUCACCACGGGUCCGCUUCCCUGGGAAUGCUAGGCAACAAACGCGUCUUAUACUGGAAGAGAUUAUUGAGGCUAUUCAGGCCGUGGGCGGACGAGGUGCCGAGAGUAUUGUGAGAUGCCGUAUGUUUGUCAGCAGGAAAGAAGACUGUGGUGCGGUAGGGGAAGUAUUUCGAGAGGUUUUAGGGAAACACCGCGGAGCGCAGAUUGGGGCGGCCGCAACGAUGAUUGUAGCCGAUGGCUUUGUUGAUGAUAGUAUGCUCGUGGAGAUUGAAGCUGAUGCAGUUGCUGACUUGGAUGUUUGA